GCCCGCCCGAUCGUCCACUCCCCAACUCUCUCUCCCUCCAUCGGCGGCGACCUUCGAAUCCCAGAGCUCCCGCCUCUCGCAAAGCCUCAGAAACCACCUGCAAACCAUCACCCCGGUUAGGCCAGGCCGGUGACCAAUGGGGAACUCGUACGGCAACGGCGGCUCGUCGUCGGGCCACCUGCGGGCGCCGGAGAUGCCGCUGCACCUGUGCUUCUUCCUCCUCGUGCUGUUCGUCUUCCUCGGCUUCUCCUGGUACAUGAGCUACGAAUCGGUGGUGGAGACCUUCGCCGACCAGGGGAAGCUCCUGCUCAUGGUGUCGCCGCUCGCGCUGCUCCUCGCCGUGCGGCUGCUGUCGAGCGGCGACGGCGAUGGGCGGCGCGUCGACCAGCUGCUGUCCAUGUCCAUGCCGGAGAGGGACUCCAUCCACCGCGCCGGGGGGUCGCCGUGGGGCGUCGGGCUCCUGCUCGUGCUGCUCCUCGUCAUGGUCUCCUACCAGUCCAAUUUCCGGGAGAAGUGGUUCGCGCUCUAGUCAUCGGGUGGUGAAUGAUGGAUCGAUCACCUCCAUCGGAACCGGGAUCGGAACAUUGAGCAAAUCUGCAAAUGAGCUUGUACCUCUGUAAUCCGAAAUAUACAUGUCUUCACGCAAAUACCGUGUAAAGAUAUGCUGAGUGGUGAAUUAUUUAGGGUGGGUUUGACAACAAAA